AGAUGAAAACAGGAAUAAUCAGAUGCGGUCCAGAGCAGUGAGAAAAAUACUAUUUAAUAAUAUUUUAUUCAAUUAUUUAAUAAAAUGGUGACUUUUUAAUUUUGACUGAACCUGUUUUAAAUAAUGGAAGUGAUUUCUACACAGCACGAUGGCAGGAGCUUCACAACCCUGUAAUCCAGUGUUUUCUCAAACUUUUUUUUGUCAUUCCAUUCUUUAGAGGGGGGUGGAUUUUACCCCAGAUUUUACCCCAGAAAAUUGCAAUGAAAUACAUCGUCUUAAAAUAUAAAAUGUUUUGAAAUGUAAAAAGUUGUAAAUCAAUAACGUGAAAUAGCAUCAAUGUAAAAAAUGAAGAAAAUAAAAGUAUAGCGUAGAGAAAAUCAUAAAUUAGGAUUAAUUAAAAACACAAAUAUUAAUUAAACAAUUAAUCCUGCCGUUAAUUGCCGCCCACCUGUCAUGCCUUUAUUCCCCGCUAGAUGGCAGCGCCACACACAUUAAGAACUAGGUGUUUUAUUUCUUACAGGUCCACCACUAUUGAGGUCAAAGCAUGACCUCUUGUUCCAGACCUUCAGCUCUGGCGGAAUUCCAUUGAAAAAGCAGGCAGAAUCGAUACCAACUCAAAUGACUUAAUUGACUCAAGUGACUCUCGGAUCCAUUCACUGAGUGAUUCAGAAGGAUUCGAAUCGGAAAACGGAUUCGGAUCUCUCCUCUCGAUAGUCCGUGACCACGUGAUUCUUCGUGUCUCGCGAGAACACAGUUCUGGAAUUAGGCCGAAAUCUCGCGGACUGUCACAGGCGCUCGGACGAGGGGUCGUGGUCAUGAGCUCUGUGACGUAAGCGAUCCGAGCAGUUGUAAACAGCUGCACACACACGCCCUCCUCUCAUAUUAUGGCUGAGCCGUGAGUGAAAGCAUGAAGGGAUGGAGCUCUUACAAACAGUAACAAACAGCAGUCUGUCAUCAGACUCAAAAAAACAGCUAACGCAGCCAGGCACUGAUGAACAUGUAGAAGUUGCACCUGGAGCAUCAGGGCAUGUAGAAGUUGCACCUGGAGCUUUAGGACAGGUAGAAGUUGCACCUGGAGCAUCUGGACAGGUAGAAGUUGCUCCUGGAGCAUCUGGACAGGUAGAAGUUGCUCCUGAAGCAUCUGGACAGGUAGAAGAUGCACCUGGAGCAUCAGGGCAGGUAGAAGUUGCACCUGGAGCAUCAGGGCAGGUAAAAGUUGCACCUGGAGCAUCAGGACAGAAAGAAGCUGAGAGAGACAUUCAGGAGGUCAUCUGUGAAAAAAUCCAGCAAGCGAGACUAUUCUGGGAAGCAGAAAAAAGUGUUUUGAAGUGCUUUGGCCAGAAGAUGAAAUUCAACUGCAGCAUCUGUUCAUAAGGUACUUCUCUCUCUGGUACCUCAAGCGUAACAAAAGAUCCCUCUACCUCCACCAGGGUGUGUACAACCUGUGCUGGGCUAUGAUUAUACUGAACGCUGAUCUUAACGGGGGUCAGAAAGAAAGGAAAAAAAUGACCUGUGAAGAAUUUAUAGAUAACCUGAAUAGCGUCUCUGGUAAUUUUAAUUACUCUGUGGACUUGCUGAAGCACAUCUAUAAAUCGAUCAAAAUGAAUCCACUGCAUGUCUGCAGAGUCAAAUCCAGACUUCAGGACAUUGAAGAAAAGUCUAACACCAAAGUCCACAAAACUGGUCAUCUCAUGUGCAAAAGAGUUAUGGAUGAGAAUGGAAGAAAAACCAUUAAGUACAGGAGAUCAUGGAAGUCUUUCAAUGCAGUUUUAAAAGGCAUGGUUCUGCAUAUAGACGGUGAAGAAUUACAUUGCAAGAACAUUACCAUCAGUCUGCAUCAUGCAGUGGCUUACCCUCUGGAAUACAAAAACAAGCCUCAUGUCCUGUACCUCAAGACUGCAGACUCCAGAGUUUUCUACUUCCAGGCCGAUAGUGAAGUAGAACGAAGGUUAUGGGUCGCGACUAUUAACCUGAUCGCCGCACGUUACUCCGCUCCUCCUCUCACUUCUUAUUCGAACACAAAGACACAUUGCCCUCAGGUCCUACCAACAUUCUCCAGUCGUCUGCCUCUGGAGCGGCAGCUCGAAUACACCAAGGACCAGUUACAGAAGGUUUCAGAAUACAUGUCUUACUAUAAGACAGUGCCUUUUAGGAAGGAUAUGUCACCUUCAGAUUACAUAGAGCAGGAGGUGAAGCGCUACACGACGUAUGCGAGAGCGUUGGAGAAGCCUGUUCGAGACUCAAAUUUGAGACUCAAAGAGGUCCUACUGCAAAAAUAAAAAAACAGCUGAAACCUUUUACAUUUUGUUCACUAGUUCUAGAUAGAAAUAAAGGUCCUUAAAUGGC